AAAAGAUUCUGCAAACUCACUCUCUCCACGACAGAGAGGAAGCAUCGCCACAAAAGAAGAAGCUUAAGAAGCAAGACACUGAAUUUUUCUAUUCCUCUUCACACGUCUUUCAACAUUCUCUCACAAAAAGGCUCUUUCUAGACUUUUUGGCUUCAUUUGUUAAUUAGUGAGCCUCAGCACCAAUAAAGUCAGAAGCUUUUGCUUUCCAGAUAAGCUCUCACGCAUAUUCAACAUUAAUAACCUUCUUCUCCUCCUCUCGAUCAAAUUAAAAUUAGGGAUUUGCUCUGUUUUGCUACUCUGUUUUUUGCAGGUAAAAAUUCUGAAGAAAUCUGGUGGAGAUUGAUUUCCUUGCAAUCUGAUCUGUACCCUUCUCAUGAUUAGUUUUCAAACCGCGAAACUCUCAUCUAAAACUCCUUUCUCCUAUUCGAUCUCCUAUCUCUUCUUACCAUCCAACGUCUUCUUCAUACGCUACUUCAACUGCUCUAGAUUUCGUCUCAAAAUCUGAACCUUUGUUUCUAAUCCACAAAGUCUCAACCUUUCGUUUCCUUUAGCUUCAAUCCUCUCAAGAAAGUCUCGUCCUUUAACGUUCGAAUUUGAAAAAAAAAAAACUCUGUUUUCAUUAGUUAUGGCUGGAGGAAACUGGUUGGUUUCGUUUGAGGAUCUUCCUUGUCAUUUGAUCUUGGAGGUGUUGACAUCUGGAAGGCUUAAUGCGUUUGAUCUGGUUAGUUUGGAACUGACCUCUAAGGCUUUUGGAGGGAGCUUUGGAGUGUACCCUUUGAAGUUUAGGUCGUUAGCUGAUUACGCAGCGUCUCUGCUUUGCUCUGUUCAUCCUGUCUAUGUUGGAAUGGGUUUAGCUACUCAGAAGGAGCUUUUUGCGAACUGUGAGGGGAACUGGAAACGGCUUUUGAGGUUCUUGCAGUCUGUUGAGCAAUCCUCUGAUAUGGUUGAAACCUCUGCAGGCAAUAUGCAAGUUACAACGGGAAGGUAUCACACGUUGCUAAUCAACAACUCAAAGGUUUACUCUUGUGGUUCGAGUUUGUCCGGUGUUCUUGCUCAUGGUCCAGAAACUACUCAGUGCGUAGCGUUUACGCCUGUGGAGUUUCCUCUCUCUGCUAAAGUUGCUCAAGUCUCAGCCACGCAGAACCAUUCUGCUUUCGUAUUGCAAUCUGGAGAGGUUCUGACAUGUGGAGAUAACUCAUCGCAUUGCUGUGGUCAUUUAGAUAUCAGCCGUCCAAUAUUUAGGCCUAAGCUUGUUGAGGCUUUGAAGGGAACUCCUUGUAAGCAGGUGGCUGCUGGGCUUCACUUCACUGUGUUUCUAUCAAGAGAAGGGCGUGUGUUUACAUGUGGAUCAAACACACAUGGGCAGCUUGGUCAUGGAGAUACCUUGGACAGACCAGUACCCAAAGCUGUUGAGUUUCUUCAAAGCGUUGGCCCUGUGGUGCAAAUCUCAACGGGGCCGAGCUAUGUUUUAGCGGUAACACAAGAUGGCUCGGUUUACUCAUUUGGCUAUGGAUCUAGCUUUUGUCUUGGUCAUGGAGAGCAACAGGACGAGCACCAGCCGCGUGUCAUUCAGGCUUUUAAAAGAAAAGGUAUUCAUAUACUCCGUGUCUCUGCAGGUGAUGAACACGCCGUGGCACUUGAUUCCAAUGGCCGUGUAUACACAUGGGGUAAAGGUUACUGUGGUGCUCUAGGGCAUGGAGAUGAAAACGACAAGAUCACUCCUCAAGUUUUAGUCAGUCUCAACAACUGCCUUGCUGUCCAGGUGUGUGCAAGAAAGAGGAAAACUUUUGUAUUAGUGGAAAGUGGAUCAUUGUAUGGAUUUGGGUGGAUGGGAUUUGGAAGCCUUGGUUUCCCGGACAGAGGAGUUUCCGACAAAGUUCUUAGACCAAGAGUGUUGGAGUGUCUGAAACCACACCGUGUGUGUCAAGUAAGCACAGGUUUGUAUCACACCAUUGUGGUGACUCAAGGUGGUCGCAUAUUCGGGUUUGGGGAUAACGAGAGAGCUCAGCUUGGUCAUGACUCGCUCCGUGGCUGCUUAGAACCUACGGAGAUCUUUCUCCAUUGUGGUCGUUCUCGUAGCAGACUUUGUUGAUCCAAAAGGUAAAUAAUAAUAACAGAAGCAUGUUUGUAUGAACCGGAUUGAGAUUGAGUUAACCGGUUAGUGUAUUUUGUUAUGAUUUGUAUCGGUUUGAUUUUUUUUUUCUAUAGUCUAUGACUGUAUCAAAGAUAUUUCCGGUUUGGUGUAUGCAAAACCCAAAGAGGAAAUAAUAAUUGAUUGGAAAUGACGUGGAAUUCAAAUAUCUGAGGAUGUCAUAAAU